AUGGAACCGCAGCAGCAGCAGCAGCAGCAGCCAGUGGUUUUGGCGAAACGGUGCGGUGCGGUGUGGUGUGGUGCGGUGUGGUGUGGUGUGCAUGUCUUUGGUUGUGCGGAGGAGGCGAGGCCAGACGCCCCCGCCGCACCACCCUCCCCAGGAGCUCCGCGAGGAGGAGCAGGAGGAGCAGGAGGAGGAGCAGGGGCAGCCUCGGUCGGGCAGGGCCUGCUGGAGUCUGUGCUAGCCCGCCGGGACCAGCUUCUCUCCCAGGUGGUGCUGCCCAUGCCCAGCGCGCUGCCCCAGGGCCUGCUGCCCAUCCUGGGGAAGCAGCUGGAGGGAGCCACCGGGGUGGACCUGGACCUGGACCUCUCCCCGGAGCAGGAGGGACUGCUGAAGAGGAUGCUGCCUGGGGCCGCUGCUGCCGCGGCUGGGGUGGGGGCAGGAGGAGCAGGAGGAGGAGGCCCAGGGGUGGGGAAGGGGACUGGAGGCCUGGAGGUGGGGGCAGGAGGAGGAGAAGGAGGAGACCUGAGGGAGAAGCAGGAAGACACUACAAAUUCCAGAGGCACCCACAACCAAGCCACGCCCACUACCACCGAGCCGGGCACACUGUCACCAGCAUCCAGCUGCAUGAUCAAUUUCUCGGACCCCGAGGGCUACAUCGACUCCUCCGACGACCCGCCGCUCCCAGACGGAGCCUUCCUGCAGUGCACAUACACCGUCACCGUCUACACCGGAUACGGAGUAGAGCUACAGAUCAAGAGUGUCAAUCUGUCAGAAGGCGAGCAGCUGUCAAUCAGAGGGUUGAAUGAGGCGGGCUCUCUGAUAGUCCUGGCCAAUCACACGCUCCUGGUGGAGGGUCAGGUGAUCCGCAGCCCGACCAAUAGCAUCUCUGUCUUCUUCCGCUCUUUUCCUGAUGGACCAAUGGGGACCUUCCAACUGCACUACCAAAUCUUCAGCCUGAGCUGUGCGUUGCCGCGGCGGCCCCACUUCGGCGAGGUGUCGGUGCUGAACCUGCACCCGGGCGGCGUGGCGCGUUUCCACUGCCAUAUGGGCUACCACCUCCAAGGGGCAGCGCAGAUCACCUGCCUAAAUGCCUCCAUGCCCAUCUGGAGUGCCAAGGAGCCCGCCUGCAGAGCUCUGUGUGGUGGCUCGGUAAAGAACGCUUCAGUGGGGCGCGUGCUGUCCCCCUCCCCGGCCCCCCACGGGGCCCCCCCCAACGGCACAGAGGGGGGCCACACCUGCUCCUGGUCUCUGGAGGCCCCCGCGGGACAGAGGCUUCACCUGCACCUGGAGAGAAUGAACCUGGGCACUUCGGAGAGGUUGGUGCUGUGGAGUGGUGUGGAUGCGGGCUCGGUGGUCCUGUAUGACUCGGCCCGGGGGUCCGGCAUCCCGUUUGAGGGCGUGAUCAGCGAGGGCCCUGCGGUGCGGGUGCAGUUCACCAGCCAGCAGCUACCGGCACCCUCCAGCCACCUCACUGGCUUCAACAUCAGAUACGAGGCCUUCGAGAAGGGCCACUGCUACGAGCCGUACAUCCAGAACGGCAACUUCAGCACCACCGACCCGGCGUACGGGGUCGGGGCCGUGGUCCAGUUUACCUGUGACCCGGGACACUCGCUGGAGCAGGGGCCCCCCGUCAUCGAGUGCAUCAACACCCGCGACCCCUACUGGAACGACACCGAGCCCCUGUGCAAAGCCCUGUGUGGGGGAGACCUGGCGGGCCCCAGUGGUGUGAUCCUGUCCCCUAAUUGGCCGGAUGCGUACGGGGAGGGAGAGGACUGCAGCUGGAGGAUACACGUGGGGGAGGACAAACGCAUCCUACUGGACGUACAGCUCCUGAAUCUGAGUGACAGUGACAUGGUGACCAUCCUGGAUGGUGACGAGGUGGCGACGCGCAUCCUUGGCCAGUACGUGGGGGGCGCCAGUCCCUUCAAGCUGUCCUCCAGCACCCCCGACCUGACCAUCACCUUCCACUCCGACCCCGCCGGCAUGGUGUUCGGCAAGGGAGAGGGCUUCAUCAUCAACUACAUGGAGGUGUCGCGUAACGACUCGUGCCCGGACCUGCCUGAGAUCCAGAAUGGCUGGAAGACCACGUCCCACACGGCGUUGGUUCGGGGGGCGCGCAUCACCUACCAGUGCGACCCCGGAUACGACCUGGUGGGACGGGAGACCCUCACCUGCCAACUAGACCUCACAUGGAGCACACAGCCCCCCUUCUGUGAAAAGAUCAUGUACUGUUCGGACCCGGGUCAUGUGGACCACUCGACCCGCACCCUGUCGGACCCCAAGUUGCUGGUCGGCACCUCUAUCCAGUACACCUGCAAUCCCGGCUUCAUCCUGCAGGGGGGCGCCACACUCACCUGUUACGGGAGGGAGCCGGGAACUCCUGUCUGGACCUCCCGCCUGCCUCACUGUGUCUCGGAGGACUCUGUGUCGUGUGAGAACCCCGGCCUGCCUGAUCAUGGCUACCAGGUGCUGUCCAAGAGACUAUACCUGCCGGGGGAGUCUCUUACCUUCAUGUGCUACCAAGGCUACGAGCUGGACGGGGAGUUCGCCAUCAAGUGCAUUCUGGGAAACCCCUCCACCUGGAGCGGUCCCCUGCCCGUAUGCAGAGCGCGGCCAGACUGCUUUGGUAACCACGCCUUGGAAGUGGCGGAGGCGGCGGCCGGCUCCCAUCUGGACGGGGGCAACAUGGCGCUGGCCAUCUUCAUCCUGGUACUUCUGCUCUCCGUGCUGCUUGGCGGCCUCUAUGUCUAUGUCACGAGGUGUCGCUAUCACUCGAACCUGCGCCUGCCUCUGAUCUACCCUCACCCGUACAGCCAGAUGACUGUGGAGACGGAGUUUGACAACCCACUCUACGAGACAGGAGGGGACACAAGAGAGUACGAGGUGUCAAUAUGAUGACGAACAGGAAGCUCCUGGCGACCCAUCGUGGCCCCUCCCCUCACUUUAAUAUGUGUACAUAGCCCCGCCCCUUUGCUCCUGUUCCUCAGCCUCAUCAAAGAGUGUAGAUUAGAGAAAGAGGAUUCAAACGCCGCCCACCCAAUGCAAAGGAGAGUGCUCAAGUUUGGUCUUCUAAGGGGGCGUUGUCCCCUCCAUCUUCUUCUCUUUCUGUGGCAUUUGGUGAAGGCUUGCAUGAGAUGUGCGCUAUACUGCCAUCUACAGUGCCAAGGGAACUCAAUUUAUUCCCAGGACAUCCAUAGGUCUCCUAACCGCAGGUCUCCUAAAGGGGCAUUCACAAGACACCACACUGAUCCAGGAAAUGCACGGGUUUGAAGUAUCUUACUUACUCUAAUCUGCUCUCUUUGGCUCAUCCAACUUGUCUGCAGUAUGCACAGCUGCCACUAGGGGUCAGGCAAACACAAGCUGAGAGGGUUGCAAGGAUCGAAAACAGGAAGAGAGGCAAAGAGGCACGGAGAGAGAAGAGAAGAGGAGAGAGGGGAACUAGGUGAGAGGUGGAGAGUACAUGUGACAUACAGAGAGAGAGAGAGAGAGAGAGAGAGAGAGAGAGAGAGAGAGAGAGAAUGUGAUGGAAAGUGUGUGGAGAGUAUGUUUGUGUGAGCUGGGAGGUGGAGAGUAGGCCUACAUGUCAGAGAGAGAGAGAGAGAGAGAGAGAGAGAGAGAGAGAGAGAGAGUUUGUGUUUGUGUGGAGAGUAUGAGUGUGUGUUAUUGUGAGGUAGGUUAUCAAUAGGAGUAUGUGUGAAGAAGACAAUGCGUUGCUCUGUGUUGGUGAGUAUGGUGAUUUGGAGAGAGAUGCUCAGAGAGGUGUGUGAUAGACACAGAUGAAGUCUUUGCAGUACUUGUACAGUAGCCUACGUACAACCUGAGCGUUGCUUACUCGAGACAUAACAAUAAUGGUUAUGGUUCUGAAGUAGGUGUUUAAAACAAAAAUAACACAUGCACUUGAUUUUAGUAAAGCAUUCAUUUCUCAUCUAAACAUUUUGGAGAGAAAGAGGUAAAGGGAAAAAGGAGAGAGAGAUAGAGAGAGAGAUAGAGAGAGAGAGAGCUGGGUACACAAAGGCUGGGUACAUGAACUGUCACAAGCUGCGCUGGCAUUUUCUGUAAAAUACUUGACUGACACACGCUGAAAGGACACCUUGAAAUGGCACCUUCUGUUCAAAGGCAGAUCUGUGGAACGAAUUUAAACCUAACCAGUCUGUCUAAAAAAACCCUUCCUGCCUGCAGUCAUUUUUACAGCUUUGUACUGUAAACAGUUUUUAGAACAGGUUUUGGUAGUCAACAACCCCCCAUUGCAAGUAACAUAAAAAAACAAAAUCUACAAGGAAAAAAGAUGUAUUUAUUUUGAUGUAAAUGUGAUGUUUUCUGCUGAUCAGUGUACAUUCUUUUGUUUUGAAAGUAAUAAAAAAGGAAUAUGAAACUGGUUUCCCUAAAUAACUAGUGAAAUAAAUACAAUAGAUUU